UGUAUACAUACCCCAGGAUAUCCUCCAAUGAUACCAGAUGACCUGCCAAAAUCAAGUUUGUUAUCUGCAUUGGAUGGAGCAAAAAUUGCAUAUUUUGAUGGGAGGUUGCCUGAUACUGCUCUAGUUGUUGCCAAUGAGGCUGUUAGAAAGAAUAUACCCAUAUUAAUUGAUGCAGAAAGGCCGAGGGAAGGGUUGGAUGAUCUCCUAAAAUUAGCUGAUUAUGUUGUAUGCUCAGCAAAGUUUCCAAAAUGUUAUUACUCUCUUUGAUUUGAGCCUGGAUAGACAGCAACCCCCACGAACACUCAAGUUGAAAGGGAGAGUCAAUGAACUGCCUCUCUUCUUACUUGUGGAUAGUGGGGCAACUCACAAUUUUAUCUCGAAGCGUUUGGUGGAGGCUAUGGGAUGGGAUUGGCAGUCCACCAAGAGCAUGCGUAUUUUGAUGGGUGAUGGUUAUACGACUGAAACUCGAGGAGUUUGUCAUGGGAUCGAAAUUGAAGUUGAUGGGGAGAAAUUUAAGGUGGAUGCAGUGUUGUUCGAUUUGAAAGAUAUUGACAUGAUAUUGGGCAUGACAUGGUUAGCUUCGCUAGGCGAAAUGAUGGUUGAUUGGGGGAAGCAAACGAUGAGGAUUUCCACAAAUCAGGGGACUAAAAUGUUGAAAGGGGUGAAUUGUGAAGAAUCAUUAGCAGCAUCUCUCCAAGGAAUGAUUGGAGAAAACGUGGAAAUGCAAGACACAAGACUGUCAGAGAAACAGUGUGGGGAGUUAGAAGCAGUAUUGAAGAGUUUUGAGGAUGUGUUUGCUGAACCAAGAGGUUUGCCGCCACUACGUUCCAAGGAGCAUCAAAUAAUACUAAAGCCAGGACAAGAGCCCAUAAACGUCAGGCCAUACCGCUACCCUUACCACCAGAAGAAUGAAAUAGAAAAACAAGUCCAAGAAUUGAUGGAGAUUGGACACAUAAGGCACAGCCAUAGUGCUUACUCCAGUCCUGUGAUUUUGGUCAAAAAGAAAAAUAAUAAAUGGAGGAUGUGUGUGGACUAUAGGGCUCUCAAUAAAGCCACAAUUCCGGAUAAAUUUCCCAUUCCUAUAAUUGAGGAAUUAUUGGAUGAAUUACAUGGAGCAAGGUUUUUUUCCAAGCUAGACCUCAAAUUUGGCUACCAUCAAGUUCGAAUGAAGGAGGAAGACAUCCCUAAGACAGCAUUCAGAACCCAUGAAGGACAUUACGAAUAUCUCGUAAUGCCUUUUGGGCUCAUGAACGCCCCAUCUACAUUUCAAGCGCUAAUGAAUGAGGUAUUUCGCAAUCUGCUUAGAAGAGGAGUAUUGGUGUUUUUUGAUGAUAUACUCAUUUAUAAUGCAAGUUGGGAGGAACAUUUGGCUCAAGUAAGAACAGUUCUGGAAAUUUUAAGACAACAUAAACUUUAUGCAAACAGGGAGAAAUGUAGCUUUGCUCAGGAGAGUGUAGAAUACUUAGGGCAUGUGAUAUCCGUGCAGGGAGUGGAGGUUGAUCCCGCCAAAGUCAAAAGUGUAGGGGAAUGGCCGGUUCCAAAGAACGUGAAGGGAGAAAGGGGAUUCCUAGGACUUACAGGGUACUAUCGUAAGUUCAUUAGGAAUUAUGGGAAAAUUGCGAAACCUCUGACAGAAUUAACUAAGAAAGAGGGGUUUAUGUGGAAUGAAAGGGCACAACAGGCAUUUGAAGAGUUGAAACAGAAGAUUACAACAGCUCCAAUUUUAGCUCUGCCCAAUUUUGAGAAGGAGUUUGAACUUGAGUGUGACGCGUCAGGGGUGGGCAUUGGGGCCAUUCUGAUGCAAGAACGCAUGCCCGUAGCUUUUUUUAGUAAGGCCUUGAGCAGUCGAAAUUUAGCAAAAUCUGCUUACGAAAAGGAGUUAAUGGCAGUGGCUUUAUCAAUUCAGCACUGGAGACCAUAUCUGAUGGGAUGCAAAUUUAAAGUUUAUUCGGAUCAGAGAAGCUUGAAACAGUUACUUCAGCAAAGAAUCACCAAUGGGAGUCAACAGAACUUGCUGGCUAAAUUAUUGGGGUAUAACUUUAAGAUUAUCUAUAAACCUGGCUUGGAAAAUAAAGGGGCGGACGCUUUAUCAAGAAGCUUUGAAGAAGGUGAGUUGAAAACCAUGGUGUCCAUGCCAAUCUGGCUCGAUUGCCAAAAUGUUGUAGGAGAGGUUCACAAGGAUGAAAAAUGGAAGAGAGUGAUUGCAGACUUGCAGCAAGCUAGAGAGGCUCAUCCCGGAUUUACUUAUCAGCAUGGUAUUUUAUUUUUUAAGAACAAAAUGGUGAUUCCAGCAAAGUCUCCUUGGAUUCCCAAAUUACUUGAUGAGUUUCACUCAACCCCUCAAGGAGGCCACUCCGGAUUUUUGAGAACAUAUAGACGUGUGCCUGCAAAUCUAUAUUGGCAAGGAAUGAAGACUGAUAUCAUGAAGUACGUGCAAUCUUGUGAUAUCUGCCAACGUCAAAAGUAUACUACUGCUGUCCCAGGAGGAUUGUUACAACCGUUGGUCAUUCCAGAGAGGAUUUGGGAGGAUAUUUCUCUCGAUUUUAUCACAGGAUUGCCAAGGUCCAAGGGCUUUGAAGCAAUAUUGGUGGUUGUGGAUCGCUUAUCCAAAUACAGUCAUUUUGUUGCUUUGAAACAUCCAUAUACAGCAAAAACCAUAGCAGAAGUAUUUGUUAAGGAAGUGGUAAGACUUCAUGGGGUGCCCACUUCAGUGAUUAGUGAUAGGGACCCUCUCUUUAUGAGUCUUUUUUUGGAAAGAAUUUUUCAAGAUGCAAGGUACGAAGCUGCUUAUGAGUACGGCAAACCACCCGCAAACAGAUGGACAAACGGAAGUAACAAACCGUUGUCUAGAGACAUAUCUCAGAUGUUUUAUUACUGAUCAUCCCAAGGGAUGGGCUCUAUGGCUUCCCUGGGCCGAAUAUUGGUUUAAUACAACUUAUCAUGUGUCUACGGGAAUAACUCCAUUUGAAGUUGUGUAUGGUCGUACUCCUCCAAUGUUAGUGCGAGGGACUCAAGGUGAAAUCAAAGUGGAAUCUGUGCAGAGGGAAA